UUCCAUUUAUUAAUUGCCUUAAUAUGUUUUCACACAAUACUGAUCAGCGCAGUUUAAGCAACCCGCAAAGUGAUCGAUCUUUAAGUAGGAAUUCUAUUGACUCAUCUUCACAACAAUCUCUAGACUCGAAAGCCGCUUCUUUUCCAUCAUAUUGUUUGUUUGUUGCUUUUGUGGCCGUUCUUGCAUCGCUUGAGAAUGGAUGGAAUCUCGGAGUCACAAACAUUCCUGAAAACGAACCAUUGUCACGUGAUAUUAAUUCUAUGGAAAAAAAUGGCAUUUUGCAAGAACAAACUAUUAGGAAUUGUACAUCCGAACACCCACGUGUAAAAUCAAAUUUACCGGAUUGUCUUCCAAUGAACAAUUUUUUAUGGGGCUUUGCCACGGGAAGUUAUGCGCUUGGAGGCCUUCUUGGAGGCCUUCUUGCAGGUCAUUUUCAAACACUCUACGGAAGACGGAAUACUUUGGUGUUCAAUACCAUAACUUGGAUAUUCGGCGGCUUGUUACUAGGAACAGCACUUCAUCCCUUAAUGUUUGUAGCUGGUCGCAUCCUAACUGGUAUUGGAAGUGGUAUUGGAUCAGUAGCUGCUCCGACAUAUAUAGGUGAAAUAGCAACCAUAAAAUCACGUGGGGCCAUAGGAACAAUUUAUCAAUUAUUCAUAGUAAUUGGUAUCUUAAUAACACAAUUACUCGGUCUUGUGCUUUCAUUCGUUCCAGGUUGGCGUAUAUUAUUGACGUUAACAGCAAUCCCCGCAUUAAUUCAGCUCAUACUUUUACCCUUAUGUGUUGAAUCACCAAGAUAUUUGAUUUCACAAAAUCGAUUUUCAGAAGCAAAGGAUGCUUUGCAAAAAUUAAGAAAUGGGUAUAACGUUGAAAAUGAAUUUCGGGAGAUUGUUGGAGGUCAGACUACACAAUCUAAUGGAAAGCAUGUGGAAAGUGUCAUAAACGAAAAUUCAAAUAUCGACAUGUCAUCUGCUGCUGAAGGUGUGGAAAUAGUAGCUACGCCAAAAAUUCAGAAUGCCAGAGGGUUUAUACAGAUUUUACGAGACACACGUUGUCGAAGGAUGCUUUUAAUUUGCGUCGGACUUAAUAUGGUGCAACAAUUGUGUGGUAUCAACGGAAUCAUUCUUUACAGUACCGCUAUAUUCCUCCAAAUUUUUGGUCGUGGGGCCAAAUAUGCAACUCUUGGAGUUGGAAUAGUUAACUUGUUGAUGACAUUAAUCUCUACUUACUUGGUAGAUAAGAAAGGUCGAAAACCUUUAUUAUUUACUUCAUUUAUUGGAAUGUGCGUUUCAUCGAUUUUUGUAGUAAUUGGAUCUUUGUAUCACGAUAAUGUUUUGGUGAUUGUUGCUGUUUUGUUAUUUAUUUCUUCUUUUGCUAUUGGGAUUGGUCCAAUUGCAUUCCUUAUUGCACCAGAGGUAUUGCCAACACAUUGUGUAAGUUCCGGUGGUUCGAUAUGCUUAGGAAUAAACUGGCUCUGUAAUUUCUUGAUCAUUCUAAUAUUUCCGGUACUCCAACAAUCUCUUGGAGGAUACACUUUUAUUGUUUUUGCUAUUAUUUCAGGAAUUUCAGCAAUUGCAACUUUAAUGUUUUUUCCUGAGGAGGUUUACUUUGAAGUGUGUAGUGAAGAACUAAUGGUUGAUGUU